AUGGAAAAGGUGAUUCUGGCAGCCACCUUUGCAGCCUCCAACUCCAGCACCAUGAACGUGUCCCUUGCUCACCUCCACUUUGCUGGAGGGUACCUACCCUCUGACUCCAAGGACUGGAGGACUGUGGUCCCAGCUCUCUUGGUGGCCGUCUGCCUGGUGGGCUUCGUGGGGAACCUGUGCGUGAUUGGCAUCCUCCUUCACAGCGCCUGGAAAGGAAAGCCGUCCCUGAUCCACUCCCUGAUUCUGAACCUCAGCCUGGCGGACCUCUCUCUCCUGCUGUUUUCUGCACCUCUUCGAGCUACAGCGUACUCCAGAGCUGUCUGGGAUCUAGGCUGGUUUGUCUGCAAAUCCUCCGACUGGUUCAUCCACACGUGCAUGGCAGCCAAGAGCCUGACCAUCGUUGCAGUGGCCAAAGGAUGCUUCAUGUAUGCAAGUGACCCGGCCAAGCAAGUAAGUAUCCCCAGCUGUACCAUCUGGUCAGUGCUGGUGGCCAUCUGGGCUGUGGCUAGCCUGCUGUCCCUGCCAGAAUGCUUCUUUAGCACCACCAGGCUUCACGCAGGUGUGGAAAUGUGCCUGGUGGACGUGCCCGCCGUGGCCGAAGAGUUCAUGUCAAUGUUUGGGAAGCUCUACCCUCUCCUAGUAUUUUGCCUCCCGUUACUCUUCACCAGCUUUUAUUUCUGGAGAGCUUAUGGCCAGUGUCAGAAGCGAGGAACUAAGACUCAAAAUCUUAGAAACCAGAGGCGCUCGAAGCAGCUCACAGGGAUGCUGGUGAGCAUCGCCGUCACCUCCGCUGUGCUGUGGCUCCCUGGGUGGGUAGCGUGGCUGUGGGUGUGGCACCUGAGGGCCGGAGGCCUGGCCCCACCACAAGGUUUCGUAGCCCUGUCUCAAGUCCUGACGUUCUCCAUCUCCUCAGCAAAUCCUCUCAUUUUUCUAGCCAUGUCGGAGGAGUCCAAGGACGUCUUGAAAGACUUAUGGAAAUGGAUGAUGACCAGAAAGCAUCUGGCUGCCUCUGAGUCCCAGGAAGCACCAGCUGGUCCCUCAGAGGUUCUUCCCGACACCGUGCCCUCCCCUGAGUCGCCAGUAUCCACACCAGAAAGAGAGGGAAGUGGGAAGGCCGAGAUCCCUGUCCUCCCUGACGUAGAGCAGUUUUGGCACGAGAGGGACACGGCCCCUUGUGUGCAAGACAAUGACCCCAUUCCCUGGGAACACGAAGAUCAAGAGACAGGAGGGUGUGCUAAAUAA